AUGGACUCGCCGAAAAUCAUUUACAAAUACUACUCCAACCCCGCUUUCUGCGGGCAGAGCGAGGUGGUGUUUGCGCAGAAGUCUUGCGUCACGAAGAUUGUUUCGCCCAACCGAAGGAUGCCGCCGUUGGGCGCCAAUUCGCCGAGAAAAAACGAAAUCGACACUCGAAUCGUUCGGACCGAUAUCUCCGACAACCCUUUACGACUGACGACGCCGUCCAGAAUGAGAGACGAGCCACCGGAGUUGCCCCCGAAGCCGGCGAAGUACCAGAGGCAGUUCCAGCGGCAGGCAUCGUUGAUUUGCAAGCCGACGAGGCAGAUCGUACGGUGCAGGACACGCAGCGAGGAUCUCGAAAUGGCGCAAUUGAGGCAACGGCAGAGCAACAGAUACGAGAGGAACGCAGAGAGCGACGACGGCUUAGAAGAUAGCAGAAUUAAGCAUCGUUACGAAGUGAUAAGAGACAUUGACGAUUGCACAGACUACUCACCGACGAAGAAGAGAAUCGUUGAGGCGGACGCGAGCGAAAUAGAGGAGUACAAUGUGGACGGACCCGACGAUAACGAGCUGAAAGAAAUACCCACAGAGAUCGUGAAGACGGUGAACGGGAAGACGCACAGGUACGCGAUAGUCCCCUCCGACGACGAAGAACCGAGAAAGAUGAACGUGACAUUCUCAUCGCCCAUCAUGUCGCAGAAGAAUUUGAUCGCCACGCAGAAGCUGCACGAGUUGCUGUCAACGCCGAGGAAACUGAAGAGUUACGCGAGCCAGCCCUCCGUGAGGGUAACGCCGAACAAGCAGACCAGCCCGAACGUGUACGUGGGCACUCCGAAGAAGCUGAUAUCCAGCACACCCACCCAAGGGGUGACACCAUCAAAGUCGUGCGCCAAUCUGUCACUGAUGAGGGGUGGCACCUCCCCUAUAUCGCCGAAAGCCCAGCAGAAGCUAAAUUACGGUCUGCCCGACGAGUUCGAUAGGCAGGACGUUUUCGUGACGAGUUUCAGAGACAAGAGCCGCGACAAAAGCUUCGACAUGGACAGGAGGGAAGCCAGCAGGGAGAGCAGAAGAAACUACGACGUCAAAGGAAGAGAAAGCCAGAGGAGGGAUAAGAACACUGCGAUCAUAAUUCCAAGGGUAGCGCCACAAAGUCCAUCCGUGUAUUCGGAGGAGACCUACAAAUCACUGUCUAGUCUGAAGGCGGUGAACAGUUCUGUCGCGUCGUUGACCAUUGCUGCUUUAAUGCUUACGCUUUGCGGCGGCCUCACUACUGGCCUCAGCUUCUAUAUGAUGUACAGCAUGGGUCGCCGCUAUUACCUUGACUUUGGAGUCCUGUCGGGGUUCACAUGCUUUCUGCUGGGACUGCUGGGUUUGCGAUCACGCAGGAACCACUUGCUCCCAAAUAGGAAUUACAUCUCGGGUUAUAUAGUUCUAUCGUCGUUCUCACUGCUCAGCGCUUUCGGCUUGCUGAUUCUGCUGUCAGUGCAGCCGAAGCCGGGGACAGCCCUAAACGACAUAACAUCGGGGGCAGUAUGCAGCAUCAGCAUACUUUCCCUGUGCCUCGCAACGGUCGGAUUGUUAGCAUCAUACUGUUGCGCACGAGAUCCACCGGACAACAGGGUAGGCACGACCAGAUGGUAU